CCAUAUUGGAUUUCCCCCACCCAACUUGAACUACCUUAUUAAGUUGAUCAUGCGCAUAAGCUGUGUUGUGUCUCUGCUUCUCGUAAAAAUUGUGCGAGUGAGAUGUAAGAUCUAAUAUUUACAUUUAGCCGGUCUUAGUGAGAUACAUACAUAUACAAUACAUUUCGUUUUAAUAAUUAUUUAUUUAUUUUAUUUAAAAAAUGUCGUGUUGUGUGCCAGGAUGUAAAGAAAGAAAAAGAGUCUAAAAACAUUAGUCUCGUCUAUCCUUCUACGGUAUGUAAAUAUACUCUAGUUAUAAACACAAUUCUUCUUAACCAUUUUCGCAAAAUUUUUCCCUUUUCAUAAAUAUAUUAUUAAAUUAUUUUGAAAAUCUAAAUAAUAUCACAAUUGUAAAUAAAUAAAUUUGCUUUUAAAAUUAACACUGUUUAAACUAUGUAAUAUUUACCUUGACAUAAUCACACUUUUCAUCUAUGUCAACACUGAACUUUAGUUCAAUGCGCAUGAUCGACUUAAUUGGUGAUCAACUAGAACACAGUGAGUCUGGCACUUUUCGUGCAUAUUUCUCAGACAUUUGUAGAAGCACCCCUGUCCGUCUUUCCCAGAAAUUAGUCAGCUUAGUGGUUUGCACUUUAAUGUGCAAAAAAGUUCCUCGAGAUGGCGCAGUACUCACUACUCGUCAGCAAUAUUCGUUACCUCAUUCAUUAUUGUAUUUGUUGUGUUGAAAUCGUGAAUUUUGAGCGAGUGUUGAGAACAGCGCCAUCACGUGUUACUUUUUGGCACAUGAAAACGCAAACCACUAAGCUGACAUAUUUUUCCUUCAAAAUACAUAGGAGUCGGACUGGGGUGGUAGAAGCAGAGUUCGGUCUCCUUACUCUUCCUUCCUGGAAGAAGAAAAAAAUUGAGGAAACAGAAGCCAGAAAAUUGAUUUUUUCCUAUAUAGUAACGUACCGUUUCUGUUGAGUGUGGCAAGAGUUCUUCAUUUCUCCACCAAGAGACGCGAGCU